AUGACAGUGCAUACGAGUCCUUUGUUAUCACUCAAGUCCAACCCCCACUCAUCACAGUCAGCCACCACCCCCAAUCGCUACACCUUCCCAUUCAAAGCAUGUGUUCAAGGAGUGAUCGUACUCAUCAUGCUGAUCACUCUGGUCUACAUGUUCGUCGUACGACAUUACUCAAAAAGCCAGUUUAAAAUUCAUAGUAAUGAUGAGUUUAAGAGGUGGGUUGUUGGAUUUUAAAUGAUUUUUUUGAUGUUUUAAGUGAUUUUUGAUAAGCCCUGUCUUGUUCAUAUAACAAAAAUUUUUAGACUUUUUGUUACCUAAAAACUCUUUAGUGUCUCUAACUAACCUAUUAUACGUUCAGAUUUCUACAUUAUAUUUCGACAGUGCCAAUAGAAUCAACACAGCUUGGCUACACGGCCAACCGAGGGUUUUUGGGUUGUUAUGUAAAUACAGACGAAACAUUUUCAAAAGUAAGUAAAUUCAUUACCAAAUUGGCUCCAAGAUGAAUGACCCUGUAAUUGCGUUGGGUUUUAAUUGAUCUUUGGCCUAAUGGUAGACCUAUAAAAGACCGAACCUGAUUUGUCGACCUAGCCCUUUUCAAAUUUACUGCAAAUCAGCUCAGCCAGGGGCGCGCCGGGCCAAGUGGCUUUUUUUCAGCUGUACCUAAUGGCAUAAAACAGCUUUGAAUGAAUUCAAAGAAGCGUAGUUAAGGCUACUCUGUACACUACCCUGAACUGUCCUACUUGGCCCUGCACGGCCUUGCCUGGCUUCGCCUUACCAUUUUUAUUACCAUACCAUUCCCUAGCUUGUCUCUACAGUACCAUUACCCUACUCUAACCCAACUGUAAAACAACAUACCAAAAUUAAGAACCAAACCUUUCAGCACGACUACGAAACGCUCAACGAUACGUGGCUGUACGAGUGCGAUCGUACCGAACUGCACCUGAACAAAGCUUUGGAGUUCGAAGCGCCUUACCUCACCAUUUUUAAUCAUUUUGAUCGGAUCGUCAACCCGGGUUUCUGGCGAUUCGUGCAGGUCGUGAAGCGGGUAAACGACCUCAACGUGGAGUGGAAUCUCAUCUCUGAACCGACUGUGUUCAUCAGCGUGCCACUGUUACGAGGCGUGCUGUCACAGUUGGACUCACGCAAACCUUACUUCAUACGGUUCGAUUCUAAUAAUGUGAGUUACUAGUUUACCUUACUUUACUUUAACUUACUUUACCCUAUAUAUUUCUAAAUUUUGUUACCUAAAGUUCAAAAUUUUCUUAAAUUUUAAAAUUUCAAAGAAAUUUUAUUGUGCCAUGUUACCGCAUAGUAUACAUUAUAAACCACUGUAAACAAACCCAAAUUCCGAUGCUUUUGAAAUUCAUAAUUGCACAGGUUUCUCUCUUUAAUCUGUUGUCAUUAUGCACGUGUUAAGAGAUUAGCGUUUCGUAAAAGUGAGCAAAGUGCAGUUUAGCAUGUUUAAUGUGCAUUUUCAAGUGCUCAAGGUUAGAAAACUGUACAACAUGACAUAAAAUAAAGUUUAUAAGUUCUUCUAUGCCAAAACGAUAUACGUAGCACUAGAAACCAAGCUAAAACUAACAAAAAUAGUAGCCGACGGCAAAUACCAAAGUGUGUCUAACAUAAGGUAAUACAGACAACCUUCUUUUCAGCCCAAUACAGACGAAAUACUGGUAGUGUCAAAAGCGGCGGCAAAACUUUUUGUAAAACACAGUUAUCUCAACAAUACCAUCUGUCCAUAUCAGCAGGAUAUUCCACCAGCAAUACUACUCAGCAAGUAAGUUGUUAUUACCCUACCCUGGUUUAACGUACUAUUUCAUGCCUUUUCCUCUACGGCAGAGUAUAAUAGUUUGGUCAAACAAUUCUGUGCCCUUAUUCAAAGCAAAUUUUUGAGGUCAAGGGCCCAUAAUUAUUUGAACAAUCUAAUAGUACUACUUUAACCUACCCUACCUUACCAUACUCAACCAUACUUUACCCUACCCUACCUUACCCUACCCUAUCUAUCAUACUUCACCAUAUUCUACUCUACCUACCCUACCCUAAUGCAAAGUGUUAAUAACAACCUCCCCACCUUCAGAUGCAUGAUAGAAGCCAAAGUGACGGUGCUUACCUCAACGGCGUUGGAGUUGACGAUGCUUCCGAUGAGCACGAUCGCCUCCAACUUCCUGCCCAUGCCCAAACGACUGGUCGGCUUUACGGGAAUCACGGGUCGAGAAGCGCGUCUGAUUCGGUAUCUGAAGAGUCCCGCGGUUCAUGGUUAA